GAGUGGAAUCAGGCUAUAGGUUUUUUGUUUUUUUUUUUCCUGAAGCCGUCGUAUAGGUUACAUAGCCGGGUCGUGUGCCAUUCCAAAUCCCAGCAAUUCUCUCUAACCAUGAAAUCCCUAGCCGUGACUCCCCUCCAGCUUCCGUCAACUCUAAGAUUAACCCCGCCAUUCUCCGUCAACUUUAACCGGAGAACCUCAAGCUCCGUCACAAUAUUGGGCUCGAACUCGCGUUCCUUCACACUCAAAUGCUCGGCCCAGAGGUCUCCUUCAUUAGUCGAAAAUUCGGAAGGGUUUUUUGAAGCUUCGAAGAAGGGGAAUUUAAUUCCUCUAUACCGAUGCAUAUUAUCCGAUCACCUAACUCCGGUGCUUGCAUACCGUUGUUUGGUAAAGGAAGAUGAUAGGGAAGCACCAAGCUUUCUGUUUGAGUCGGUUGAGCCUGGUGUGAUGGGUUCUAAUAUCGGGCGGUAUAGCAUGGUUGGAGCUCAGCCGGCAAUAGAAAUUGUGGCAAAAGAGAAUAUGGUUACAAUUAUGAACCAUGAUGAAGGGAAAAGGGUAGAGGAGAUUGUGGAUGAUCCAAUGGUGGUUCCUCAAAGAAUCAUGGAGGGAUGGAGACCCCAACUUAUUGACGAGCUCCCAGAAGCAUUUUGUGGUGGAUGGGUUGGUUAUUUCUCAUAUGAUACGAUGCGCUAUGCGGAGAGGAAAAAGCUGCCAUUCUCUAGUGCCCCACCUGAUGACAGGAACCUUCCUGAUCUCCAUCUUGGUCUCUAUGAUGAUGUUAUUGUGUUUGAUCAUGUGGCGAAGAAAGCAUAUGUGAUUCACUGGGUACGACUAGAUCGAUAUUCUUCUGCUGAGGAGGCCUUCAAUGAUGGAAUACAGAAAUUGGAAACUUUGGUAUCUAGAGUACAUGAUAUAGUCCCCCCGAGGCUUCCUGCAGGAUCAAUCAAGUUACACACUCAUCUCUUUGGUCCUGAAUUGAAAAUGUCAAGCAUGACAAGCAAGGAAUACAAAGAGGCAGUUUUGCAGGCUAAAGAACAUAUUCUGGCUGGUGAUAUUUUCCAGAUUGUAUUGAGUCAACGUUUUGAACGAAGAACAUUUGCUGACCCAUUUGAAGUCUAUAGAGCUCUAAGGAUUGUUAAUCCUAGUCCAUACAUGACUUACUUACAGGCUAGGGGGUGUAUUAUUGUUGCUUCAAGCCCAGAAAUUCUUACCCGUGUGAAGAAGAGAAAGAUCACUAAUCGACCCCUUGCUGGUACUGCCAGAAGAGGGAAAACACCCAAAGAAGAUUUAAUGCUGGAAAAAGAGCUUUUAAAUGAUGAAAAGCAACGUGCAGAGCACAUUAUGCUAGUUGACUUGGGGAGGAAUGAUGUUGGAAAGGUCUCUAAACCUGGUUCUGUUAAGGUUGAAAAGCUCAUGAACGUUGAGCGGUAUUCCCAUGUUAUGCACAUCAGCUCCACUGUCACUGGAGAGUUACUUGACCAUUUAACCAGUUGGGAUGUUCUGCGUGCUGCAUUACCUGUUGGGACUGUCAGCGGAGCACCAAAGGUGAAAGCAAUGGAGUUAAUAGAUCAGCUGGAAGUCACAAGGCGUGGGCCGUACAGUGGUGGAUUUGGAGGCAUUUCAUUUUCUGGUGAUAUGGACAUUGCCCUUGGUCUGAGAACCUUUGUGUUCCCAACUAACACACGUUUCGACACAAUGUACUCAUACAAAGAUGUGAACAAGCGCCGAGAAUGGGUUGCUCAUCUCCAGGCAGGGGCUGGAAUUGUGGCUGACAGUGAUCCUGCUGAUGAGCAAAGAGAGUGUGAGAAUAAAGCUGCUGCUCUUGCCCGUGCCAUUGAUCUUGCAGAGUCUUCAUUUGUAGAGAAAUGAUUUAGAUUUUAUCCACCAGUAGAAUCUUUUAUAUAUUAUUAUUAUUAUUUUUCCUUGAUAGCCCAAUUUUAAGUACAAGGGUUGAGUGGAUGAUUCCAGUUUUUGUGAAGGGGAAAGGAAAUACUAGUAUUUGUUAGAUGAUGAGGUUUAAUUGCGAGGACGUGGAUAAGAGCUAAAACUCACACCUUCAAGAUAUUCCUUCCAAGUUCUAAGAGGUACGUGAAAUGCUGGCCUUGGAAGUAUGCAAAAUACCUUCUGCUUUGGAAUUUUGUCAAUAUUGAAUGUGAAAUCUAGGAAGGCAUAAUAAUGCCAAUGCUGUUGGAUAACAAUGAGUGUAAGGAUGCAAAAUUUCACAAUUGUUGAUAUGGUAUGUUGUAAUUGGUAUUAAAAAGUAACAAAAGCAGUGUCAAUGAUAUGAUCAUGUGAAAGUGCUAUACUAAUUACAACUUUCCACGUCAAUAGUUGUGAAAAAAAUUGUGAAUUUUUUUUGUAUUAAAAUGAGAUGGAGUACCAUAUCAUUGUAAUCCAGGAGUAUGUAAUACAAGAAGAAGAAGAAGGAAGAAGAAGAUUGAAUCGCAAAGUUUUGGGGUUGACUAUGGAUCCUCAACAAAUAAAUUAGGGUUGGUCACAUGUAUUUAUUUUUUUCAUUUUGUUAUAUUUGAAGUUAUAUUCUUUGUUAUUUCUUAAUUUAUAAGACCAUUUAUAUUACUCCUACUAAUGUAAUUUUGGGUUUUCUUCUA